AGCUUCCCCUGUGAACAUUCCGCCGAUGUGGUGUACAGUGACAGCAGGCGCUUGUCUACAAGCGCCAACAAUGGACGAGUACUGCGUCUGGUUCUAUCAAGAUGCUUCAAAAUGUAUGCCAAGUUGGUACGAAUCGUGCGCGUGAGAGUCGGCACAUCGGUCCGAGGUGUCCCCUUUUGGCUCCACUGGGUGUUGAGUCUUGAACCGCUUGCCAGUGAACGUUGCAGGCGCUAAACUCCAUGCUCCUUCUUGUUAUCGCUGUUUGAAACACUCAAAUUCUAUUGAAAGACGCUCAGCAGAGGAUGACGACCCCACUGACCUCAGACGGCACACUGCGAAGGAUCAAGUCGUUGGGAGAUCUACCUAAGGGAUCCACAGAACCGAGUGAAGACUUUUUGCAGAAUUUAAAGCGGUCCAAGCAUGAACAUCACGACCGUUCCGAUGGAGGUGUUGAGCGGGAUGUUGAGCAUGAUAAUUCGGACAACGGCGUAGGACCGUCCACAAUACGACCGUUAUCAAAGCGAUCAAACUCCUCUAGUCAUAUAUCCCUGUCAAAGCAAACGGAACUUGUGCAAUCAGCCCCUUCCUCGCCUUUCAGAUUGUCUCAAGAGCGAGUCGAGCAACCUGCUCAAGCCGUCCGGCCUGCUGCUACAGCUCCAGCCAUUGCAGAAACUCAUGGUCAUCAGCCUGAAAGACAGCCACAGUCGCGUUACCGCAGAAUAAUGACAUUUUUUGGAUAUGGACGUGGUGCAUCUCGCGAGCGUCGGUCUAACGUAUCGCUUGGAUGGAAUUGUUGUUGGGGCUUGGCACAGAUUAUUGUGAUAAUAGUCAUUCUUGCUUUAUCUUCUCAUCUUGAAAGUAAGACCAUACCAGGAGUCAACCAACUGGAAGCGUGUACUCGACCUUUAGGUGUUUGGGCAGGACUCUGGAUCGGUAGAGUCUUUGUGGCAUGCAUUUUAUCAUAUUGGAGCUGGCAGCGAGAGCGUUUAGCUGCGGCCGUACAAGGGGAUAGUGAAGCAGCAAAUGCCAGCCAAACUCAACCACCUCCCUCAAAUUCGAAUGCCCAAGCAUCUACGAAUUCACCAAGUGCAAACAACGACGCUACUGAUGGAGAAACGCAACCAUCACCACCGCUACCUUAUACCGGCAUUUACAGAAAGCUGACGCUGUUUUCGACUCUUUUCAGUUUCAGUUGGUUCUUGACUGCCCACAUCCUGAUUUAUACCUCUGUUGAAUCCUGCCGACUUUCUUCGCCUCUUAUCUGGUGGCUCAUCUUCGGAAUCCUAUGCAUCACCUACUUGAUGGUCGUAGAAGUCAUCAUUCUAGGCCUGAUAGUAUUUUUGAUCGCGCCGAUACUCUUUCUAUUUUGGAACAUCUUCCUCAUGUGUCUUGGGCGCCAUCCUCUUCAAAACCCCGGCUUGAUCAAACCCGAGAUAGGAAAGCUGUCCAAGUCCGUGGUUGACCGGAUCCCUCUCGUGAUGUACAUCCCACCACCUCCAGAUCCCUCGUCUUUCCCCAUCAAGGUUCCCGAAGCGAUAUACACCUAUCCUCCUUCAACCCCGGGAUCAAGUAAUACCACCCCUACAAAACGGCGUUUUAGAUUCCUCAAAGUCACUACUAGUAAACAGAAAACAGCCGGCAUACCUUCAAAUAAAUCGUCGAUUUCAAAAAGUGAAGGUAAGAAGGCCACGAAGCCUAAUGUUCCUGAGACCUGGGAAGACCACUGGGAGCAAGAAGGAUACCCUUUUGUCGUUCUGGAAGGCAAUCGUGCAGCGUGCGCCAUUUGCUUAAUGGACUUUGAGGAGCCAAAACGAAUAGUAGACACGUCGGAGAAAGGCGAGAAGUCGUCAGCUGAGGCCACUCCUGACAAUGCUGCAGAAGGGCAGAGGGAUGUGGAAUUGAAGCCAGAAGAUACCGGAGAUGGUGCGCAGCCAUUAAGGCUUUUAGCAUGCGGACAUGUAUUUCACCCGACGUGUCUAGAUCCCUGGUUAACUGACGUUUCUGGUCGUUGUCCUGUUUGCCAAAGGGCUGUAGAACUUCCUGGGCCUUCAUCAAAAAGGACGAAGCGGAGCGACUCAUGAAAUAUAACUGGAUUGGACUGUAGCAUAUAUGUACUAUUCAUUUUAUGGAAGCUACGACUGUGAGGAUGUAAGAUUUCGUAGUAUACUGGAUCUGAAUGUUGGUGCGGAGGAUGGAAGGGAGAGAGCCACAGUCCUCCAACUACGUUAUUAUCAUAAAUGCUGCGAUGAGCAAAGUGCACAGUUCUCCCUUGUCAUCAGUUUUAGUCAAUUCAAAGUUUCAAU